AUGUCGGAGAAACUCAAGGAUGCUAUUCCCAUCUUCUGUAACACCAGUAUCCCGAGACAGAUACUGGAAGAAUUCGUCACGCUGAGCCAUGGUGUGCCGGAUGUAGAGGAUGUCGAAGGCCUGGCUGUUCUCGUCGAUACACAAGACGUAUCUCAAAUCACCAGCUACAUCUCCGCACCCAUUUCUGAGGACCUCUCAACGCCGUUCCUAGACUGGAGCGCGGAAGACAUUAUCAGAUGGGCAGCGCAGCACCUGGAUCGCCAGAGAGACGGUAUCGUCCCCUACGAGCUCGUCAUCUUGGAUCAGCAGACGUUGAAGGACAAGACCUGCCUCUUGGUAACAACAAAAGAUGGUGAACUCUCACGUAAUCCCGGGAAUCCUGCACGUAUCAUGGUCAGGUCGGACUUUAAAUCUGCGUUGGCCACGCUCAAUGUCAAGGUUCAGUUUUGUGGCGGUGACGGCCAUUUUGAGACAACGGCAUCGGAUGGUGUUAUCCGACAUUAUGACGAUUAA